UCGGGCUAUUUAUCUUAUCCAGCAAAGGCCUGGUUAAAAGUUAUCUUGCUUAUGCUGGAAACAUUUUAGUUUUAUUUGUUAACCAUUUUCAGGGGCUCUAUGGUGAAAAAUUCAUGUCCUACAAUGUACACAAUCUUGUGCACUUGGCACAAGAUGUUAAAGUGCAUGGUGUACUUGAAAAUUUCAGUGCCUUUAAAUAUGAGUCAUUUCUUUAUAUGAUUAAGAGGCUUAUUCGAAAACCGGGCAGCCCACUCAGUCAGCUGGUGAGAAGACUGUCAGAGAGGCCCCAAAUUACAGCUAAGGGCAGGAAUCGAAUUGGUUUGUUCAAGCAACAUUAUUCUGGACCUCUUCCCCAAUUAUUCCUGCCUGUUAAUCAGUUUCAGGAAGUGAGAACAGAAAAUUCUUCUUUAAAAUUAGAUGUUGCCAACAGGUAUGUUUACCUAGAUAACAAAGUUUCCAGAGUGCUAAAUAUUUUCACGCAAGGUAACAAUACAUUCAUUGCUUACUGCCUAUUUCUCCAACAAGAUCCGUUCUUUGAAUACCCACUUACAUCCACCACUCUUGGAAUUUACUUAUUGGGCAAGCUCUCGGAGACAACUGAAUUCUGCAAAUUGUCAGACAUUCGACAAAAAGCAUUCGUUAUGCCGUACAAGAACAAAUUAAUCUCUGUUCCGCUACUACACACAAGCUAAAAAAAACCCCAUUAGAAUUUUUUCCCCCAUUCUUUUCUUCUAUUUUGUAAGUGACAGUACCUGUUCCCUGUGUGCUAGGAAUGUACCUACUUCUUGAAUUUGUGGAUGAGGGGACUACAAGUCCAGUAGCAGCAGAAUGGUACAGAGAUGGACUCUCAUGGUGGCCUCCCCACACGGAAAAGGCUAAACUACUUCGGUGUGUCCGAGCAAAGGAGACACCAAACGAAUGUGCAGGAUGGACACAGCACAGGGCUCGGGUCCUUUACCAGUCAGAUUCUCUGGACAAGGUUGUUCGAAAAUGGAGCACAUCUUGUGAUACUUCGGAUUUAAAUUCUGAUCAGGAAUCAUGCAGGAAAUCCAAACCUAAAAAGCAAUUUGAAUUGUUGGACAGUUCUCCACUGAGGAAACGUCCCUCGGCUUACUCUCAGAGCGGGAAUACUUUUAACAGAAAGAGGAAAUUAUCGUUCCUGCCACCACCACCAACACCUCCACCAGCACAUCAACCUUGUCUCACACACCACUUCCAAGCAGAUCUAGUUUCUCCGGGACCAUCCAAAACACUGAAUAGUUACCCAGAGACUGAGGGAGAAUCACUGGAAUACACCAACAUGCAAACAUUCAGGGAACAAACGACCGAGAGGAUCCUCCUGCAGAUGUUGGGGGAGUUGCAGAGCCAGGUCAAACAUCUGACUGAAAUUGUCACCCAGAUGCAUCGCUUGGGUAACAGUCCUGGAAAUGCACCAUUAACAACGGCAAGUGCACUGUAA